AUGCAUAUUUUACAUCGCACUAACGACCAUCAAUUCGAGGAUCAGAAGUUUAUGAUGGAGCGCCUUAGUGGACAUGGGAGUCUAGGAUUGUCCAGCAGCAGCGCGGCUUACACGACCCAUUCCGGUGGGCACACAGGUAGAAGCGGUCCGGCCACUGGGCAUAGUGGACACAGUGGUACUCAUGGGUCAGCAGCUACCAUGCAUCAUCAAUCACUUCAGUCCGAUUUUCAGCCUCCGUAUUUUCCGCCGCCGUUCCACCAUUCCACGCAAAGCCCUCCUCAGCAACAGAAUCACGGUGCCCUCGAAUACCUGGGCACGGAUCCGUAUGGUCAGCCUUUGUCAUCGUUACACCACGCCCCCCUCCAUCACUACAAUCAGUUGGCGGGCCUGAGGUCGACGCAAGAUCAACUUGGGAUUCACAGAACCCACAGAGAGGCGGAGCUGCAAGGACAUGUUUCCCAGCUGGCUCAUGGAUUUCCGUACACAGAUAGAAGAGGCGACUACAGCAGUGCAAUAUCGGCAGGAGCAGCGCAUGGAACCCGAAUCGGCCAUGAACAUGACUCCCUGGCCCUGCAUCAAGCGCUGCAAAAUGCUGUCGACGAUGUGCAAGCACCUGCCAUAGAUGACAACGUAGCCUUCAUGUCAGACCUUCCACUAAUAAAAAGCAUGAAAAGCGGUAAAGAUGCAGGGAACAUUGGUUCUGGUUCCCCCAGUGAGGUAUUCUGUGCAGUUCCUGGUCGCCUUAGUCUCCUAUCGAGCACGUCGAAAUAUAAGGUCACCAUUGCGGAAGUGCAACGAAGACUGUCGCCACCCGAAUGUUUAAACGCCUCCUUGUUGGGCGGAGUUCUUCGAAGGGCCAAGAGUAAGAACGGCGGGCGUUUGCUAAGGGAGAAGCUUGAGAAGAUCGGCUUGAACCUACCCGCGGGAAGGCGAAAAGCGGCUAAUGUGACGUUGCUAACGUCUUUGGUGGAGGGAGAAGCAACCCACUUGGCCAAGGACUUUCACUUUGUUUGCGAGACGGAAUUCCCGGCUAGGCAGUUGGCGGAGUACAUUGUACGUCAUCAAACGGAGCCAAAUGAUUCAUAUCGACGAAAAGAGCUCAUCCUUCAUUCCCAGCAGAUUACAAAAGAGUUAAUGCAGAUCUUAAGCCAAGAUCGGACUACUCAUUUUGGAACAAGAUCACAGCACUUGUUGGAGCCGUCGAUGCAGCGUCAUUUAACACACUUUUCACUAAUUACGCACGGGUUUGGAUCACCCGCAAUUAUGGCCGUUCUGCAUGCUUUCCAGACAUUUUUGAAUGAAUCAUUAAACUAUUUAGAAAAGCUAUAUCCUUCGAAUGGAGGUGGCAUGGUGUCGUCAUCAUUGGACAAAAGUAAAAUGGACAACGAAAAAAAAUGAUAGGCCUAGUGUAUAUUGCCACAGAUAAAAGCAAAUAGUAUUUUAAGGAUAACUUUCAAUACGUUAGAUACGGCAACCAUAAAAUAAUAGCAUACCUGUAAAUUAAUUUAUUUAGCUAAGGUGUAAAUUAUUCAAUUUUUUUUGUAACUUAAUCAGUAAUUUUAAUGGAAAAUAUUCAAAUCUAUAAUAUACAUCUAAUUUAUU